GUUGAAUUUUCCAUUCAUUUUUCUUUUUCAGGUCCCAAACGCACAAAGGCUAAAAAGUACGUUUUACCCCUUCUCAAAAGAAAAACAGCAGAUCGAAUUCCUCAGCAAUGAGCGUAGUUAAAUAUAUUGGUCGUACAACUGAUUUUCGCGGUAAGACACUGUGGGAGAUUGUGGGAAAUCUGCGGGACUCUGGUGUUGGCCGGCUCGUAAUACGUAACAAAUUCCAACGAUAUGAGGAGCCCUGCUAUAUGCGUAUACUUAAGGUGGAAGUUACUCCACAUGAUCCUGCCAAGGACCCUAUUCGUACAGGUCCCAAACGAACAAAGGCCAAAAAGUGGAGCUACGAAAAGUUACACGUAAGAAAUGCAGUGUUUACAAAAAUAUUGCGGCUCGCCGAACAGAUUGGUGGAACGCGANCGAACAGAUUGGUGGAACGCGGCCUGGAUUUGCAUCUGCGUGCAAAACGCGCCAAAGAUUGUCUGCGUUGGGGUUCUUUGAAUGUAGUGUUGCUAGCGAUACUGCUUUUCGACAUAUCUAAUCAGUGUCCAUAUUCAUACUCCAAAUGGUACUAUGUAGAAUAUUUGGCGGCUGCGCUAUCGGGACUUGGAGGAUUUUCAUGCUUCUUAAAGUACUUUCUCUACCUAUUCCAUACAAAUCCUUUAUUGGGCACAAAGGAACAGAAAAACUUACUCAAGUUUGAUGAGUGUGAUUCCUCAUUUGCUGUUACACCACCAGCGCAAAGAAAAAGCAAUCAUGCGAUGAUUUGGCGCCUAGUCAAAUCAGCAACGGCCCUGCUGCUCAAGCUGCACCACUAAAACCACGACCGCAUACAUCUAGCGCAUUGGAUGCAUCACUUACAGCAACGGCGCUGCCGGAAAUACCAAGGGCUUAGUAUUGCCACUGUUAUUCAUCCGAACGUGCUUUGUUGGAAACGUAAAGGCUGAGAAGAAGCCACCGUCCUCCGGCGGAUUUCGUUGUAGUGGAAACAUGCAUCAUAUGUAGCUGGUAACUUCUUCCGGAUACCGUGAGUACCUUAACCUUUUUAU